AUGCAGUCGCCGAUCCCGAUCGUAGUGAACAGCGUGGAAGACAAGGAGGCCACGCCUCCGAUGGCCGCCGAGGGCUCGUCGUGGUCCGAGCCGGCGGGCAACCCGGCAGAGCUCGUGAUGCUCACCGCCGGCGGUAUCCGCUUGUACGACGAAGCCAACGAGAACGAGGUCGUGCCGGGCUACAACAAGUCGACGCGGUCGUCGUGGUCGGCGCGCGGCUCGAGCUUGGCGGGCCGGGCGCGGGCGGGGCCGCCACCGACGCGCUUCAAGCCGACAAUGCACCGGUUCUCGUCGCGCGCGAGCACGGCGGACGCGCAGAUGGAGACGUCGCCGGGCGUGCGGCCGCGGCCAUGCUCGACGUCGCAGCUGCAGCACAGCCGCUUCUACGCGACACUGCCGCCGCAAGACUCGUCCGUGCGCGUGUGGCGCAACUCGUUCUUUGGCGGUCGGCUCAUCUUUGCGAGCGUGCUCCUCCUCGCGUGUGCCACCGCGAGCCUUGUCUUGCACAACAUUGGCCACGCGUCGUCGCACUGCGCCAACAUGGACGCCGCGUAUGCAUUCGCCUACUACAUUUCGAUCGCAUCCACCGCGAAUCUGCUGCUCAUGCUGCCGGCGCUCUUCCCGACCACGUGCGGCCUGUACAAGGUCCAAGGCCGGCGCGUGAUCCGCCGCCCGUUCCUCCAGCUCACCGAGAUGCUGGUGGUGGCUCAAAUGUCGCACAUGCUGCUCGAGUGGAUCCUCCUUCUCGUGGCCAUGCCCAAUGCAGCGUUUUACUGCCACCAAAUCGACAGCGUCCUUGAGCGCGUCCGGUACCACGUCGCGUUCUACGCCGUCCUCCCGAUCACGGCCGUGCUGUACUGGCAGACAGUGCUCUUCUGCCGCUUCCGGACGCAUCUCAAGCUCCAGCUCGGGUCCACGAACGACGCAAAGCACUCGGCCAACCUCCAAGGCUGGCUCAAAACAUUGUUUACGCUGCCAGCGAUCAGCCGUCGGAGCCGCAAGAUCACAGAGCUCCGCACCGGUCUCUUCAAGGCCGCGUCGGCCGGCGACUUUGAAAAGGCACAAGACCUCCUCGACGAGGCCACACGCGUGCUCGGCGACGGCUUUGCCACCCGCAAGCUCUACCACGGUACCGAGGCCCUUUGUAUCAAUGUAUCCAUCGCAAGGAUUUUUUGUAGAACCCCGGCUGUGGCUCUGGGCGUUUGCGCGGUCGCGCAAGACCCGCUGCACGUGGCCGUCGCGAAAGGCGAUCUGCGUCUCGUGGAUCUCUUCUUGCGCUAUCAUUUCGACGUCAAUGCGCUCGACAAGGUCGCGCGCGUCAACUUCAACCUUGGCGUGCUCUUCAAGAUCACGCGCCUCUUUGUCCGUACGCAAGACCACGUUCAGAGCAUGAACGACUCGAUCUUCUCGAGCGUGCUCGUGAGUCCGCUGCACAUUGCGGUGCAAUCGGGCGAGCUCAUGACCGUGCGCUUUUUGCUCGACCACGGCGCCAACGUCGAUACAUUGCCGCGUGCGUCCUUCUUCAAGCAGUCGGCCGUCAAGCCCGCCAUCUACUUUGCGGACGACGUGCAGGUCAUCCAAGUGCUCUUGGCGCACGGCACCAAUCUCUUGUACGUCAGUAAGGCCUCGACCGUGCUCACACCCUUGCAACGCAACAUGCUCACGCACCGGGUCAUGCAGUGGAGUCUUCUCGAAGCACACGGCGGCGAUGUGGCGCUGACGCCUCUGCACGCGGCCGCAGCGGCCAACAAUGUCAGCGCUGUUCUCUCGUAUGUGAAAGCCGGCGUUCAAGUCGACACCCUUGGCGAACUCGCGGCCGGCGUCCAUUGCCGCACGCCAUUGCACUGGGCCGCGAUCACGGGCAGCCACCUCUCGGCCAAGCACUUGCUCGCUUUCGGCGCCGACGCCAACGCCCGCGACGACAUGGGCCGCUCGCCGCUGCACUGGGCAGCCCGCAACAACCACGUGGCCGUUGUGACGCUGCUGCUCGAGCACGAGAGUGACCCGAACGCGCACGAUCGGAUGGGCAACCCGCCGCUGUCGGUGGCCGCGCAGACCGAAGGCGUUGGCCAAGAUGUGAUUGCGGCGCUCAUUGCCCACGGCGCCGACCUCGACUUUGCAGACGACGGCGGCAACACGGCACUGCACGUUGCCUUGAUCAACGAGAACCGCGUGACGGCCGUCUCGCUGCUCAAGUGCGGCGCCAACAUCAUGGCAACCAACCUCGACGGCAAGCGCGCGGUCGACUGCACGACGUCGACCGAGCUCCAAUUUGCGGUCAAGAAGGAGGCCGGCAGCCGCGACGUCAUGAUCAGCUAUACCCACGCCCACGCGCCAAUCGCCAAGCGUGUGCGCGACCACCUUGUCGACCACGCGCGUCUCACAUGCUGGAUGGACACGAUGGACCCAAGCGGCAUCGGCGGCGGUGCGGUCUGGCGCGAAGAAAUCGCCCGCGGUAUCUUCAACGCCAAGGUUGUUGUCGCCGUCGUCUGCGAUGGCUACGCGCGCUCCGAGUGGUGUCUCAAGGAGCUCUCGUUCGCCAAGAUCUCGAAAACACCUGCGGUCGUCCUCGUCGUGGAUCCCAAUGGCAUGUCGAGCGAGAUUGAGCGCCUCGUGCCAAAGCAGUGUAUCCUGCCCUUUCCCGUCUCGGAUGCGAUGCUGGAGGACCCUACGCAGUGGGCGGCAGCGUUCGAGGCCGUCCUCGGGCCGGUCCGGGACGCCCUCCGGCAUGCCGAGCCGCCACCGCUCUUGCCACUCUACAAUUUUGAUGUGCACGCGCCGGCGCGCCGCGUGUUUAUCUACUACACGGCGCAGGACCCGUCGUUCCUCCGCCGCAUCGAAGUGAGCGUCCAAGCCAAAGGGUUUGUGCCACUCCUGGCGUCCCAGCCCUUGGAUACGAUGGACGUGCGCGAAGAAGCGGACGUGAUGACGUCGUCGUCGACGGUCGUCUUCCUCGUGACGACGGACGAGCUCGGAGACAACGACGACGCGUGGCGGAAUCUGCAAAAGAGCUACUCGAUCGCCAAGACGCACGGCAAGACGAUCGUGCCGGUAUUUGUGGGGCCGCAGUGCUUGGACUUUAGCAAGCUCUACAGUCUCUGCCGGACGCCGUGGCACCCGUUUGUGGCCCAGCGCGGGUUCGAAGCCAACUUUAGCCACCUCACGAAGCGCCUCAACGACAUGCUACCGAUGGGCUUGGCGCUCGUGAGUAAGCGGCCGCGGUCUGGCUCGGACACGGUGUACGUCACAAUGCCCUUCUCGCGCAAGAGUGACCCGUCCUUCGUCUCGGCGUUUGUGUAG